GCGAGACGCGAACGCGGCAAUCGCUUUGCGGUAGUUUGGAAUUGCUGUGCGAAUUUCGUUGCGAUUUUCAAGUGAAAACCUUUCUUUGAUUCCGGACAAGUUUAGUUUCCACAAAAGACGUAUAGGCAUUCGCGGCUGGUGGAACUAGAAAACUGUUUCAGUCGCUACGCGGGAUUUUCCGCUACGUGUGAUAGCAGUUGCAAACCAGGAAGACAAUAUGGAUCCUGCCGAUCUUGCGGGGCCAACGACUACGGCUAGUACUACGGAGUCCUCAAUGGUAGUGGAGAAAACUGGUGUCCUACCUGAGAAGAUAGAAAAGGAGGUCAAAACAUCAUCUGACAAAAACGGUUCCGCACCGGAUUCGACCGUCGCUAAGGAAAAAUCUCCCGCCGACGUCCCAAAGGAGGGUUUUCAAUCUACGUUAAAAAAGCCGCUGGAAGAGUCCGAACACAAGGCAAUGGAACAGAAUAGCAAAGACGACUCGAAAAGUCCGGUAAAGCAGCCUGUAUCCACUACGGCAACGGCUGCUGUAGAUGCAAAACCGGAAAAAGUGUCGGGUAAUUCAGCGGAUGCUUCUAGCAGCAGCGGUCAGGGUAAAGAAACAUCGGCCACGCAGGAGGACGACAGCGAAAAUGAUGACCUGUUGCUGCGUCUAGAAGCGUUGGAGAAGGGCGAAGACCCAGACCUGAUCAAUGUGCAGAAGAAAAAGGAGCCCGAGGUAAACCAUCAAAAUGGCUUAACAGAACAACCGGCAGCGGAGGUGCCGAUGGCCAAAUCAAAAGACUCCGCGAAAGAGGCUGAAGCAACUGAAUCCAACGCUAGUCCACAAGCGAACCGUAAACCGGCGAAGGUUGAAACAAGUCCGAAGAAGGUGCCGGCGGAUGAGCCCACUCCGGUACCGAGCAAGGAAGCCACUUCCCCAGCUGUAGAAAGUGUUGAAUCAGUCAGCUCAAAUGCAAAGCGAAAACACUCUGUCGGCGAACCGGAAACGAGCAGCACCGAGCCUCAAACCAAGAAGGUGCAUGUUGGUGAUGUUCCUGAUUGCCCCGAACCGGCUGUGGUGAAAGCAGCGUCGUUGGAAAAUCUUUCAUCCUCUUCUGCAAAAGCCUCGAUCGCUUCCACUUCUGAUGGUACACCGCCGUCGGAAGAAAGUAGAAUGCAAGGGACGGACGAAAAUCCCCCGUCGGUGGAGAAAAUGGACGUUGAUGUAUCGCCCGAGUCGCAGUCAUCCCCAGACAAUUUGGAAACUCUUCCCGACACGGAACCAAAUACUGAACCAGAUGACAAACUUGAGGAAAUUAGCUCAUCGGUAGCAGAGGAGCCCACCCGUACCGAUUCGUCAGCGGACAAUGCUCCCGGGAAGUCGGACAACUCGAACGUGUCCAGUUCAGACGACAAGCGAACUGGACCGAACGGAAAGGCAAAACCACCGGAGAGUGAAGUGUCCGCUUCCGUUGUGCCGACUGUCUCGGAGGACGAACCAAUGGAUGUCGACGAGGCCGAUACAGCUGGCAGCAGUUCGGCAACGGGUGUCGGAACCGUUUCUGAGGGGGCCGUACCGGUUGUAGAGCCACUUUGCGUGAAAAAGGUGGCCUAUCUCUGCACUGACGAGGAUAACACGGAUGGACCGUCAAAAGAUGUUAAAAAUCCACCAUCUGCAUCUCCCACCAAGCCAGCCGUGGCAAGCACAUCAGUGACAGGGUCUACAACACCAUUGGCACCCAGCACAUCGAAAGAGAAAACCGAGGUGGACUCACCCAAGAAAGCAAGCAGUAGCAGUGUGUCGGUGGGAAAACCAAUAGUACAAUCGGAGGCCGUCGAAGUGGACAGCAGCAACAAGCCGUCGUCGGAAAACGCUUCAUCGGCUUCAAGCGCUAGUGCUAGCACCACCACCGCUACCACGAAGGAGGUGAUGGAUGAAAGCAUCGUCGAAAGCUCGUCGCAGCCGUCAUCAACCAGCGACUCGCAGAAGAAGCAGCUGUCGGACGAUCGGCUGAACGAGAAGCAGCUCCGCGAAGCCGUCCACCGUAGCGGACUGCUGGCAAAGGCAAGCAGUACCCCCAACAGCAAUGCAGCAGCAUUGGUGGCCGCCUCGUCGAGUCCGCUAACGCCGAAAACCCUUCAUCCGGUCACGACCUCAGCCGUCAGCUCAUCGAACGUUUACAGCUCGACGCCAAUUCACGCGAACUUCGAGAAGGUUAGCUCUGGUAAUGUCAGCAAAAUUACCAAUCCACCGUCGUCGGUGGAAACAAGCCGGGUCGAAGCGGACGAAACGAUGACCACAACGACGACGGCGAACACGACCGUCGGCCAGUCGGCCUCCUCCGUCGUAGCGUUUUGCGAGGAAAAGGAAACGACCAGCACGACCACCACCGCGACGGAUUCGGCGACUAAAAGCUCCCUCUCGGUGACACCGACGAAGGGCGACGCCACGGUGGCGACUGGAUCGUCCACGUCGAAAUCUUCUCCCCCACCCAAGAAGGAUAUGCUGAAGCGGGAGGAAUCGAGCAGUACCAGUAGCAGCAGUCCAAAGACGACUGAUUCAUCCGAGGUGGACUCGUGCACAGUUGCUUCAGCGAUGAACACGGCGGAGGAAAUCAACAUGUACACGACAAACGCUCGUAAGUUCAACGGCAUAUCGUCGACGUCGGAGGGAUCAGAGCUGGACAUCAAGAGCGAAGGUUCGAAAGUACACAAACCCGCCACUACCACCGAGGCAGAUGAGACCAAGGUCAGCCUUAGUUCGACCGUGACCAAGCUGGAUUUAUCCAGUGCCAUAUCGGCCAGCACCUCGGCGGAACAGCAGUACGAGGUGAGCGUCUGGUACGAGGGCAAAGAUCUUCAAUUCCUGUCGGUGGAGCGGAUCCACAGUGACAAGGUGGAAUCAUCGUCGUCCUUCGAACCGUGCACCACCGCCGGAACAACGGCUGUCACGCAGGAUGCCUCUAGCAUAAUCGAUUCGUCUUCGAAACAAUCGUCCUCGACGACUAACGGAAGUGUUAGCAGCUUCGGACCGUUCCCAUUGCCUCAGAACCGGGCAUCACACGCGGACUCCGUCGCACAUUCGUCGGACAGCUCCUCCACGUCCGGGGUGACCACUGCCGGGGUGGCAAAGUCCCCCACGUCGACGCUGAGUGUGCCACAGGUGAAGCAAACCGUUAUCGGACCGAAAGCCCUGUGUGAUCUUCUGAUCGACGAGUUUAAGAAACUGCGGCGCACCUUUGCCCCCGAUGUGAAGGAUGAAGAGGAGGACGAUAGCCAUCAUCGGCAAGUCGACGAACAGCUGCUGCACACCCCCAAAGCAUCCGGCAGUGCUGCACGGGGGCAGCGGGGAGGGUCAUCAUCGACGUCGAAAAAGAGUGUGGCCGCUCGUGGACAGAAGCGCACCAAGGCAGCCGAUUCGGAUGAGGACGAUGAUGGUGGUGAUGGCGAACAACGCACACCACGCGCUUCCGGUACCUCCUCCGCGACCAAACAAUCGGCGAAGAAGGCAAAGUCUGGCGAAUCGCCGACCAUCACGUCCACGGCCACACCGAAGGCAAAGCAUCCGGAGGAGCACAAGUUCGAUCUCUGCUGCCUGGCCCGGUGGACCGAUCGUAAGUACUAUGCCGGUCGUGUUACCAACUUCCGGGGCGACAACAAGUACGUCGUGGUGUUUGAGGAUGGCUGCUCGAAGACGCUCUCGCGCGACAUCAUCGUCUUCGGAGAGGAUGGCGUGCUGCCGAUACUGAACCAUUCGAUCCACGCACUCACCGGCGGUGACACCUACGAGCCGGCGAUUGUGGAAGAAAUCAAGCGCUCCGACGGCGGCGACGGAGCCGGUGGUGAAGUCGUGUACGCCGUGCGAACGGCUUCCAGCAAGCUGGAAGUGACGGCAACCGAUAUCUAUCUAACGGACGAGCAAGCGAAAUGGAUUCACAACUCACUGAAGGGUAAACCGGACCCGAUGGAGAAGCUGCUCCAGUCGACGGCGAUGGCUGGUACCGAGAGCUCGCCGGCGCAUGCAGCGGGCGAAGGACCUACAGCGGAGGGAGAGAAUGCAUCGGAGCACGGGACCGAUCACGCAACUGGCGAGAAAGGUGCCAGAUCGACCAGAAGCAAACGGGGCGGGGCUGGCGACAAAACACCCUUAACCCCUGAGGCCGGAUUUUCCGGUGGUGUGGGAAAGAAAGGAAGACGUGGCCGCAGGCUUUCUUAAAUAAGCAGCUCUCUUCACCUCACCGACUUACAAAUUUACUCCCACCUCUGCCCCCCCCCCCCCACUAUUCUUCUUUCCCCCGCUAUGAUUACCACUAUCAUUACCGAUUGAAAUAAACUGAGCCUACAUAACAUUUCUCGGCCAGCAUGAAUAGACUCUCGCUUCCAGCUAUUCCGAGGUGUUGUAGCAGUAGCAAAAAUGUGCUCUCGCACACGCAGGUCAAACUGUUUGGCAUUCCCGAAAUAGACAGCCCCUCGCGGGGGGGUGGGGAGGACACGGUGUCCGUAAGAAAUCACUAGAUAAGUACAUAGAUAAUAACAUAGUCUUGACCCUGUUCUCGCAUACGUUACGAGAUAGCAGACACUUUCAACACAGGGGGAAAAGGUAGGUUUGUGGAACGCUAGGGUUUUCCUUAAGUUUUUACAUACAUAAGUGCGCGUAACGUCUGUGUGGUGAACGUUCUACAAUUGCACUCCUAGUAUCCUACAGCAAGCUUACGUACGUAAUCACCCCAAAAUGCGGUACUUCUCUUGAGGUAUGCCACAAAAUAUGGCAUUCAUUACACGGUGAUGUGUAUUUUAACGAUAAAUCUCAGUGCGAACCGUUUCCAAGUAGGCGAUGUCCCUUCAUUUGAGUCAAAUAUACGAUUAUAUUUUAAGUUCGAUCUUCAAAUUCAAAGAAAGUAUUGAGCCACUUCUACAGGGCCAUUUUAAUCGAACAUUCUAACAAAAAAAACAUUCAUUUCCAACAACAAAUAUUGCCACGGUAAAAUCAUAAUCAUUUUAAAUGCUGCACACAUACACACACACACACAUACACAUGUGGGAUAGCGAAAGUACAUUUGUGUAUUGAACUAGCGAGCAAUAAUAACUAUUUGUAGUUCCACUGUACAGUUCAGCUUUGGCAGCCAGAUUUUACAGAAAAACAAAAGUAAGAUGAAAAUUUACAUAUAAAAAUAUAAAAUAAACUACACUCAGAGAAGUGCAAAAGCGACAUAGUAUUAGGAUGUAGGCAAUAGAAAAUGCAAGGUACACUGUUGACUGGCGGCAUCAUUCUGCCGUGCAAAUGCAACACAACGAUCAAUUGUUUGCCAGUGAUCGCUCCUUUCCCAUGAAUAGUGGUAGAAGAUGUAACGAUCGCGUAUUAUCACUUUCUUCCAUUGAUGUUUCGAUAUUUCCUUUUUUUCCAUGAACACUAGCAUGCCCAAUUUAUUAUUUCCCAUAUAAGGAAGACAUUGAUUGGAAUAUCCAAAAAAAUUAAAAAAAAAAAAACAAAAAUAUACACGGUGACCAACGAAUUGAGAUGUUUGGUUAACCGAGCAUAUGUAAAAUAGAUCGAAAAGUAUCGACAUG